GACUAGGAUAAACAACCUCCAUAAAAUAAAACCUUUUAUAAACCUCACAUUCAGUAUGCGAUUUCUAAUGCCAACCCAUAAAAUUUAUGUACUUUUUUAAUUUGAUUCUAUCGAUUGAUCGAGCAAUCGUAAUUCAGUCGAUGUUCAAAUUACAACCCUACAUCCACCAUUCGUCUCUUGGCUUGACAAGUUGACAAUCAUGGCGAGCUCAUCGAGAAUUGAAACGAAUAAGGUGGUGUGUUAUGCUCAUCCAGAUGCCCCGCUUAUUGAGGAUUAUAGAGCGGGUGACAUGAUCUGCUCCGAAUGCGGUCUUGUCGUUGGAGACAGAGUUAUUGAUGUUGGCUCAGAGUGGCGUACAUUUAGCAAUGAAAAGUCUGGUGUCGACCCAUCUCGUGUUGGUGGUCCGGAGAAUCCAUUGCUCUCUGGUGGUGACCUGUCCACUAUUAUCGGACCAGGCAGGGGUGACGCCUCAUUUGACAGCUUUGGUGUGUCCAAAUACCAGAAUAGAAGAAAUAUUAGCAGUACAGAUAGGGCACUAAUAAAUGCAUUUAGAGAAAUUAAUACAAUGGCUGACCGUAUUAACUUGCCGAAGACUAUUGUAGAUAGAGCUAACAACUUAUUUAAACAAGUUCAUGACGGAAAGAAUUUAAAAGGUCGAGCGAACGAUGCUAUUGCCUCCGCUUGCUUAUACAUUGCAUGUAGGCAAGAAGGUGUACCGCGAACAUUCAAGGAAAUAUGUGCUGUGAGCAAAAUAAGUAAGAAAGAGAUCGGUAGAUGUUUCAAACUGAUCCUAAAGGCGCUCGAGACUUCAGUGGACCUCAUAACAACAGCUGACUUCAUGUCACGGUUCUGUUCUAAUCUGAGCCUGCCAAACUCGGUGCAGAGAGCGGCUACACAUAUAGCAAGGAAGGCUGGAGAGCUGGAUAUUGUCUCUGGAAGGAGUCCAAUAUCUGUCGCAGCCGCUGCUAUUUACAUGGCUUCACAAGCAUCAGAUGACAAACGCAGCCAGAAAGAGAUUGGUGACAUUGCUGGUGUGGCCGAUGUAACAAUCCGACAGUCCUACAAGCUGAUGUACCCGUACGCUUCUAGACUAUUCCCUGAAGACUUCAAGUUUGCCACUCCCAUUGAGUUCUUACCGCAAAUGUAAUUUAGGAUUAUGAUAGUUGUAAGUUAGUUUAUAAUGUUGGCUUAGUGUGUAACUGUGUGGAUAGUUUGACUGGAAGAUUUACAUUCGCAAUACGACAUUGCGAUACAAGUGCGGAAAGUAUGACUAAAUUGUGUCCCGGUUAACGUACGACCUUGUUAGUUAUUAGUUAAACAAUUGUUAACGGUGAUAUUAAAAAUUUUGGAGGGCCAAAGAGAUGUUGCAGAAUAUUAUUGACCCUUCCCUGGACUACGAUCUUGUACAUCGGCCGCUACAAAGUUCAGCUUGAAAUUGAAUAUCACUAUCACUAAAAUACACCUAAUUUCUGUGUUAAAUUUUUUUAAAAUAUACAAAUAAAAUGUCAAAUGUCAUAUCUGUCACUGUCACGUCUGUUUUAAAUCUGGGCACCGAUCAUUACCAUACUCACUUGUAAAUUCGUUAACACUGAUCAAAUGAUACACUCUAACUCUCGAUGUCUACUGAAACGUGACAUUGGCCGAGUUGUGACGCCCCUUCCACAGAAGCCACUAGAAAGAAUAGAAUGACCCUUGACAUACGUACUACUCUAUAUAUUGUUGCUAUGUAAUGGUGCGUACAGACUGGUGAAAUGCAUCAUUCUACCUUUCAUUGCAUGUUCGCUGCAACCGUGAACGCAUAGCGCGCUCUCACCCCGCAUUUAUUACGAACAUCCCGCGUCCGUCUGUUUCCGCCAUUUAGCCGCAAACGCGCCCCUUUGUGUUCGUUCGAAAAACCGACAAAUCACGGGUCGCUCCCUGCGCGGCUUGUAAUACUCGUAGCGUGCAAGUGAAAUGUCCAAACUAUGAGAAAGUGUUACAAACCUUUCAUGACACAUUGCAGUAGUUAUGUACGGCGAAUUCUGUGACUGCAUGAUACAUUUCAUGCUACACUUCAUCAAUCUGUACGCACCAUUGCGUAAUCUGACGUCAUAUCUAGUAAAUGUGCAAAGAUAUGGCCCAUUUUAGAACAACUGCUUUGAGGUUUGAUUGAGACUAUAGGCGUCUUGACACAAUUACUUCGUGUGUCGGUGCCCAGUCAACCUUUGGUUUUUGCAUCAUUUGCAUUAUUUAAGCAUGAGUCAUUCUUCAGAUAUGUGUUCUGAUUUUAUUGUAUUUAUUGAAUACUCAAUGUAACCUAAAGUAAAAUUAUUGAUUUUCCAGCCUUUUUCAAAUAAACUUUUUAUUUUUUAAAUUGUGUCUUAUAUCAUUUAUUAAUUGAUUAAGGAAGGAAGAUCAGUUAUGUGCUAAUAAAAAGUAACAAUAUAUAUUUUCUUGUGAUCUAAAUUGAAAAGUCAUUUAAAUAUUAUAUUUUGGUUCUAGCUGAUUGUCUAGUUAGCAAUGCUCGAAAUAAAUAAAAUAAGAAAUAAUGAAAAAGUAACUAAUUUGAUUUUUUUUUUGUUAUUGUUAACGUCCUAAAUCAAUAUAAGAAUUGACACCAGUUAUAAAAUUUAUAAACAGACGACUUUUACGUUUUGUGGCAAUCCUCUUAUGAACUAUGUAUGUUCUUUACGAUUUAACUCAGCAUUAAUAUGGUGUGAGAUUCCGGUCCGGGGCUUGCCGCUCCGGCGUCAUGUCGAAAAAUUUAUGUUAGAGUAGAGAAGUGCGCAUUUCACAUUAUCUCUGGAUCUCGCUGGAACAUGAAGUCCCUUCCCCUUCCCCAUUCACCCCCUCGCGCUCGUCCUGUUGCGUCAGUACGGUUUGCAGUUUCAUUACUGUUACAUGUGAUAUUUUCGUGCUAUCGCUGCUUUGUUUUUAAAAUUUUCAUUGUAACGUUUUGACUUUUGUUGGUAAUAGUUCUGUAGUUUCUGUUGUUCUGGACACAGUUUAUAACUAGUGAACCCGACAGACGUUGUCCUGUAAACACGUCUUAAGUUUGAAAAAUCAGUCCAGCCGUUAGGAGGAGUUCACUAACAUGGGCAGGAGUAAUAUAUAUGGAAUGAAUUGAUAAUCUGAACUAUUCUCAAAUUCACUGGAACACACAAAAUUAUCAUCAAAAUCGGUCCAGACGUGUAGGAGGAGUUAACUGUCAACACACGUACAGAAUAUUAUAUAUAUAAAGACACAGCUCAUAGGUGUUGCUAUAAUAGUUCUGUAAGAUUUUUUUUAUCUAAUCUAAUAUAUAAAAUUCUCGUGUAAUGGUGUUAAAACUUGAACUCCUCCGAAACUUGACCGAUUCUCAUGAAAUUUUGAGUGCAUAUUGGGUAGGUCUGAGAAUCAGACAAUCUAUUCUUCAUCCCCCUAAAUGUUAAGGGUGGUCCACACGAAUUUUUUUAUUUCAAUUUUUUUUGACAUUUUUUUUUAUUUGAUUAUGAGUCAGCAUUAAAAAGUACUUACAACUUCAAAUUUUCACCCAUCUACGAUCAACAGUUACUUUUGUAUCGCGAUUUUAAUAUCGGCAAUACAACGUCUGCUGGGUCAGCUAGUAAUUAUAUAUAUAAUAAUCAGCACCAAAAUUCUUGUACAUCAAUCAAUAAUACAGAUCAAAUAAAUCGUUGCCUAUUUAUUAAUAAUUAUAUUCUAAUGAUGCUUGUUUUGUCUUUUUACGGCCGUUUUCAAUAACGUAUCUCUAGUUACGGUUACAUUGCUACCACCGUUUAAUGACAAGAUCUUAUCCAUCCAUAGUUAUAGUCCAAUCCUUUAUGUCGAUAAGUUAUUGAAAUGUAAGUAAGAUUAAAGGGAUAGAUUUGUCUACCUGUAGUCAGUUAAACUAAGGAUAGAUAGGUUAUUGAAAACGGCCGCUAGACAUUCGAUCAGUGGUAUGGGCGAUGUGGCGGUAAUUACCACCGACCUUCGAGUUAACCCCAGUCGCCAGUUGAUAACUGAUCACAUGUUAACACAUUUUAAGUGCACUUAACGGAGGUUGUAUAUGUUUAAUCGGGUUUUUAGUAUAAGAUUAAAACGAACAAUGUAGUUUGAAGUCAUAGGGCUCGCAAAUUUGUACCAAAACUUAUGUAGGAUGUAGGAUUCGAACCCGCGCCUCUCGUGUUACGUCCCAGCGAUCAUGCCAAAUAAGGAGACCGUCCACAUGAUCCGUAAAUCUUGGUAUGUUUGUUCAACUGUUUGGGGCUCGGUGCGGGUUCGAAUCUCGCAUCGUACAUAAAUUUUGGUACAACUUAAAUCUGUAUAAUAUUUAAAGCAGUUGCCUUAUUAUCAUGGACUCUCUAAAUUUCUUAAGUUUAAAGCUGUUAGUUUUUGAAGAAGAAUAAAAAUAAAAUUAUAUAAAUAAGAUUUAAAGUCUAAACUAUACUCUUAAAAAUAUAUUCUUGUUAAAGUUGCGAAUAUGGUGGUAUGUGUGCUAUUUUAACUUGAGAUUAACUUUAAGACGGUAUUUGAAUGUUACAUAUUAAAAAUAAAUAUUUUUAAAUUAAAUAUAAUAAAAAUAAUUACAAUUACACUCUGUAUAGAGAUAGGCGCUAAUCGCGAGGUACGCAAGUAGGAAGUUGGACACACGGACCUGUCUGCGCUUGCGCUUGACAAGUCGAGUGGUCAUAGGGAAUUUUUUUUCAAAAAUUAUGUACCUAAUAUAAUUAAAUUAUUAAAACGAGAAUAAUGACAAGUAUUGCUAGUGUCUCAGCAUCCUGUAUAUUUAAUGAUGAUUUUGUGAUGAUGAUCUCCCUCUCUUGACAAAUUAAACAACAAAACAAAGAGUUUAAUAUUCAAAAUACUAAUGUGCUAAUACUAAGCGUGGCUGAUUGUUAACGACUAUACAAAUAAAAUUUGAAUACAAAAUUUUUGAACGAUGCGGGACUCGAACCCGUGACCUCUCGCGUUCCGUGCGAGCCCCCAUCCAACUGAGCCAACCGUUCGAGUGUAAUCGUUGAUAAAUCUUGUAUGUCUUGUUCAACUCAAUUAAUCCCAAAAGUGAGGCUUAUCACUUUAAAAAAAUAAUAACAAAUUGUUUACGACUAUUUAAUCAAAAUCGAUUACACUAACAAUAAAUGGACGUGGUUAAGCAGAAAGGACUCAACAAAAGGCACUUUUGAGUUAUAGGCAUUUGACGUUUCAGCUAAUCUAAUCUAAUAUAUAUAAUUCUCAUGUCGCGGUGUUUGUAGUUAAACUCCUUCGAAACGGCUUGACCGAUUCCCAUGAAAUUUUGAGUGCAUAUUGGGUAGGUCUGAGAAUCGGACAACCUCUAUUUUUCAUCCCCCUAAUUGUUGGGUGGUCCACACCAAAAAUUUUUUUUUAUUUUUUUCGACAUUUUUUUUUAUUUUGUUUGAUUAUGAGUCAACAUUAAAAAAUACAUACAACUUCAAAUUUUCACCCAUCUACGAUCAACAGUUACUUUUGUAUCGCGAUUUUAAUAUCGGCAAUACAACGUUUGCUGUCUCAGCUAGUCUUAUCCAUAUAAAUAUCCAAUAAAAAAACAGUUUCAGUACGUAUACAUUUUAAGAAUAGGGUUUUCACUUCACAGGUUCAAUCUUCAGGAGUAUGAUAGUAUACUUAACUCAUUUUUUACAUACAUACUUAACUUAUUUUGACCAAAGUGUGGUUUGAGUUCUUUCUGCAUAACUACGCCCAAAUUAGAUUUCCUUAUCUAUCUUGCUAUAUCUCCGUUGAAGAUGUUUUGAUGAUCUCUAUUGCAAGCUUUGUUCGUUAUACGCUAGUGUAUAAUAAUAAUAAUAUUGACACAAUUUUACACAAAUUAUCUUGCCCCAAAUUAGGCAUACAUAGCCUGUGUUAUGGGUUGCAAGACAACGAUAUUUUUAAUACAAUAUACUUAAACAUACAUAAAUACAUUUAAACAUCCAUGACUCGGAAACAAACAUCCAUAUUCAUCAUAUAAAUGUUUGCACCUACCGGGAUUCGAACCCAAACGAAAGUGUAUCGUAAAUCUAUGGUUUGUUUUAAUACAUUCACAAGUCUAUACCACUAAUUUGUAGAUAUCGUUGCAUAUCGUUGUGUAUAGGUUAUUUUUAGUAUUAUUACCAUUUCAUUGAUCACGCUUGCCGGGUCUUCGUUGCCAACGGUCCGUUUAGUCAUCAACCUUUUACUCGACCCGGUUAUGUCGGUUACACGUGCCCAUAUAGUUCGCCGGAUACCCGAGUAACCACGACUAUGCAAAGACAAAAUGGUUCAAAGAAUACCUAUUAACUAGAUUGUUUAGCUUUAGGUUUUUCCUGUUAAACUAAUGUCUAAAAACAAUACUUACUGUAACAAUAAAUUUUAAAGUUGUAA